GUCCAGCCAAGAUGAGUGACAAGCCAGACUUAUCAGAAGUAGAGAAGUUUGACAAGUCAAAAUUGAAGAAAACUAAUACGGAAGAAAAAAAUACUCUUCCAUCAAAGGAAACUAUCCAGCAGGAGAAAGAAUCCGUUCAAACAUCAUAAAAUGAAGAUGUCUUCCCAAAAGCAAAUUUUAACAUUGUCUGAGAGUUUUGGUUUCGGGCUUCGCUUUUGUAAAUCUAUUGUUUUGCUAGAGAUUUUAGGCAGAUUCUGAUUUCCUAUCACCUGUAUUCUCUUGCAAAGAGUUCAGGAGUAUCCCUUGUUUGCUUAAGUUCAUUUUUAAACUUCCCACUGCUAAAUAAUUUCUAAUGGCACAUGGUAUCAGUGUCUCCACUGCUGAUCUCUGUGUGUGUGGUUGGUGUACCCCUUUAGGAUAAGCAUCCUUCUACAAUGGAUCCUUCAAUCGCUUUGUAGCUUUCAGGAGGUUGCAUGGUUUUACAGGUUCUCAUGGUUUAUUUUUGUUUCUAAUGUAAGAAUAAAACCGUAUUAU